AGCUCAUUUAUAAUGUGCAAGAAAAACAUUUAGUAUCAAAAGAACAUCAAGACGACUAUUUUCUAAGAAAGUUUAUCAGCUCAACAAUUUUAAUAAAAAUGAAACUUUUCUGUGUUGUAAUAUUAUUCGUUUUCGUAAAUGUUUCGGCAGAUGAUCGAAUGCUAUAUACGGAUAUGGUUCGCCGUACAAAUGAAGUCAUCGAGCGUGCUUAUAAUAUUAAUGAUUUAUCUGUAAACGGAAUUUCUGGAAUAAAUGGAUUGGAGUAUGUAAUUGAAGCAAUAGUUGAUGAUAAAGAUUAUAAUGGGAAUUUCGGCAAAAUUAAUGUUAUGAUCGCAGUACCUGACAUAUUGGAAAUUGUUGUCCAUCUAACGGUACCUCGUAGAAAAUUCCCCAACGCACUAAGAAAAGCCAUGCAUUUCCAGGAUCUGAUGCAAAUAGAAGUAAUAAACAAAUUAAGACAACAGGUCUGGUUUGGUUUUUUAAUGAAUGAAUCUCAUGAUUAUAAAAUAUUAGAUUUGACAGCCCUCGCAGAACAGAGAAGACGUCGUGUUAAACCAGCUUUAAAAAAUAUAAUCGAACGUACAUUGGACAUCUCGUUUAACCAGUUUAAUAUGAAGCAACCAGAAAUAAGAGACACAUCAAAUUUGGGAGGCCUAAAUUUGACAACCCUUGUAGAAAAGAGAAGAGUUACUGGAACAUCUUUAAAAAAUACAAUGAGACGUUCAUUGGAAACUAAUAUUCCUAAAGCUGAUGAUGAUGAUGAUGACGAAAAUGAAUUUUUAUCAUUUUUAUCAUUUCGGUUGUGUCGUUUGAUGGCAUUGUACAUGAGUACACAAUUUCCAACAGCAUACAUAAAAGAUGUUCAGACUGACUCCAAUAUUUGUAUCAUGGAUGAUGGAAUUACACAAAAAAGAUACAAACAAAUUAAUGGCGUAUGGUGGCAAAUAGGUUUAGAUGACCGUAGAAUACAACUACUUGAGGAGCAGUUAAUAUAGUUUCGUUCAUGAAUCAAACCUAUAACUCUUAAGAAAAUGUAUAAAACUACUGUUACUUUAUUGUAAUAAUAUUUUUAUACUGCACUAAUAUCCUUUUUCAUA